AUGGAGACGUCCCCGGAAACAUUUCUGGAGAACGACUACUUUCUCGAAGAGCCGGCAGCAAACUACUCGCUCUGUGAUGAUACUUCCCAACUUCGCAUAGCAUUCAUCAGGUAUGUCACGUAAAAAAAAGUAAAACGCGUUCUUGCAACUGUAAUGAUUUCGUCUAUUUCGUUGCACUUCGCUGAAGAAGAUAUCGGGGAAACUUUUUUUGCAAAAAAACAUCACGCGUGAAGUGUAUGUAGCCGUCUGAUCAGUUCGCUUGAUAACUUUUUCUCUUCGGCUCAUAUUCGCAUUGCCAACUCGUGUCGAGGGUAUUGCCGACGCCACGGCUAAUCCAUCGUCCCACAUCCGGGGUGGUCGUUCAAACAUCGUCCCAAAAUGAACAUGAAAUUAGUUAUCCUUUGUUUGGACUCCGUCCGCGUCGCCUGGAAUGGUCGUACGUGUUGACGAAAAUUUAUGGAAGAUGGAGAUACUCGUGGGUGAGCGGGAGCAACGGCACGAUCAAAAGACGCUCUCGAAAUGCUUUUCCUAUCUGAUCUGAUCAGAUUCAUCAUUUUUCCUUGGCACCGUUCGGAAAUCUCAGCGGAAAGAACUCUUGUGCUUCUGUUUUGAAAGAUGUUGCACGCCCGAUGGGAGAAAAAAUGGGAGGGCCGAGUUUAAUUAUAUGCAAAUGCGAAGUGCACCAUCAAAUGAAGAAUUCGGUCAUUCAAGGAGCACGUCGGGCGGAGAGGAAAUGUUUUGUGCCUCUCUUCCGAUGAGAUCAAUGAGCGAAGGUUGGGCGUCGAAGAAGAACAAGCCAAUUUGCAACAUUCUGGCGAAAAGAGGAAGAUGUACCAAAAAACUCGAUUACAUUUUGGAUGAAGCAUGUCACACGAUUGCUGAUAACUCUUUAGGGAACAUAAAGCUGGAGAACACUAGGAACAUUUAUGGGUCUUUUUGAAUUCUUCGGCUUUUAAGGGCGGAAGUGGCCGGUUUGAACUCUGAAAUGCCACGUCAGCAGGUCAAAACAUUUCGGUAAAAGUGAAGGUUCAUCCAUCAUUCUGACAAGUUUCAAAUCGGAAUUUCCGUUUUUCUGCCAAUUCCAGUGCGACUCUUUUUCUUCCUCGUCACGCCACUACCGAUUUUGUCGAAUCGCCGCUAAGCUACCGGGCCUAACAUGUCUCAAUAUCAUCCAUUACCACGAGUACCCCUCUUUCUUCUGUCUCUUCUUGCCUAAAAACGACGUUGUGCUUUGCCCCAGACUUGCACAUAUAUCACACGUGACAUCAGUUAAAAUAAAAAGGAAAAGGAAAAAGAAAAAGCGGAGAACGCUCCGAGUCGUCACUUUUAAACCCGCCAAAAAUCCGAGUGACUCAAAACCUUUCUUCAAAUAUUUUGACUGAACAAUUACGUUAACUUUUUGACAACCAGGACAGGAAAUUUAAAAACGGAGAAAAUCUCAUAAAGAUAAGGCCGAUGUUCAAAUUGGAGUUUUCGUGUAGGUUUUACGGCAAACCCGAGAUGCUGAUUCCGCAAUAACAGAUUUAAUUGUAUUUCAUUUUGGCGUUUUUUCAUUAAGCCGUCCCAAAACAAAACAAAAAAAGAAAAUCGAGUUGUGUUGGGCCUAAACGAACUUUGGAUGUUUCUGGAUGUUCUGUUCUCAAAAUUAAAACUGAAAUUUUCAGCAUUGGAACGUGUCUCUCCGUACUAGGAUGCAUAUUCAACGGUGUUCUUCUAUACAUCUUCAUGGGAAAAACGCAACGGAGUUAUCCAUUCCAAACGUUUUUGGCGUUUCUCGACUUCAUGCUCUGUGCACUUUAUAUCCAUUGCUUCGGACUGCUCUCGCUCUCCGUCGAAUACAAAAUUGGUCGGUUUAUCGCUUUUUUACAUACUAGAAAUGUUCGUGUUAUAGCCUUCCUUUACAAUUUUGUGAUGGACAGCAAUGUGGUGACUCUUGUGAUGAGUCGGAUCGUCCAACUUUCUAUUCCAUACACGCUCAUCGCAAAUUCUGCGGAGAAACUAGCAAUGAUACUUGGGAAAGAUUGCGAAAGCCAGUACGUGAAACACAGAUUUUUGAAAUUAGAAAGUUUGUAACACAAGCAAAAUAUCUAAGUUCUUCAUGUGAUUUGAUGGCUUUUACAAAGAACUCGGAUAAUUGAUAUAGCCUGUGAUAAAACCAGAGACAAAGAGUGGGCGCAACAGCCGAUUGCACCUAAUAAACCGGCUCACAACACGUUUAUUAUCCGGCGGACCUCAAUGACGGCCAUCUCUUUCAGAUUCUCCCUUCGCUUGCGAGUGGGGGUCAUUUUCCUAUUGUUGGGAACGGCGACUGCAUUGCGAAUUAACGGGUUGUACUUGUUUUUCAUUGACGUCGAUGAGAACUGCGACUUUUUCCAUCGAAAAUGGCUCAGCUCUCAUCAAGAGGAACAGGCAAAGUGGACAACUUUCGAGAACGUUUUGACGGUAUGAAAGCAGAUUUUCACAGUUUCACAGACAAAUCGCUCUUCAGUUCUUCCACACAUUUGUCUCUUUCGUCCUUCUCUGUGCUCUCAACAUCGUCGUCGUUGCCAAACUUCGUGUGCAGCACCGUAAAACCCGUCGUCAGUCUACUUCGCCGGCUCAGCUCUUCUCGGUAUAUUUCAGAAAUUUCCUGGGAUCUGACUCAAUUACGAUUCUGACGCCAGUCGGCCCCAACUCAACGCAAACACUUGAAAACCGGGUACUUCGUUAUCAUAAGAACUAGGCAUAGUUACCGAGAAAAAACAAGACAUUGGAGAUGAUUCUCAGCUUGAUGCAUGGCUUUUUCGCUUUAGCUCAUCGUUCCGUGGAAUAGAAGAGAAUCAAAAGAGCAAAAUUUGGUUGGAAACCUCAGAAAGAGAGAGGAAAUUGCAACGCAAUGAGGAAGGUGGACGGGGGAGGCGAUUUUUUGCUCAAGGGCAAACCCAUUCGGCAAAGUAGCCGGUAAUCAAAUCAACAGAAACAUCCCGCAUUUUUUGGAUGGAGAAGAUAGGAAAACCGGCUUGUUUUUAAGGGACUGCUAACCAAUUCACUCCUCAAAGCAUGUAGUUUUCAGUUAUAUCACCGAGAUCAGAAAGUUUCUUAUUCUGACCCCAAUUUUCAUUCAGCUAGCUUUUCAAUUCAUCCCGGAAUGAUCCCUUUUGAAUGCUUCACACUUCAUCUCAAACUUGUCAAAAUUUUCUCGUUCAGAGCACAACAUCUCGAAUCCAAGCGGCUCAAGAAAUCCGGGAGCAGCAGCACCGUCUCCGAUGCGCAGUCAAGACCACCGUUGUCAUAAUUUCUGCCUAUCUGGCUUGCAAUCUCGUCAAUUUUGUCCUCUACAUUCUGGAAACGUUCCGAAGGUCGUGGAUUCUUGUAAGUACUUGUCACGUGUGAAAGUUGCGUCUUGCAAAAAAUGACCAAUCGCUAAGACUAUUGCAUUCAUCAUAGAAGCUUAGGGAAGUGGUGCCCGCGUGACUUCUGCAGUCGGGCCAACGAAACAAUCUAUUGCAGGACAGCAACGGGGCCUUCCAGCCAUUCUAUGUGAUUAUCAGUGAUCUGGGAUCCAAUCUGUUUGUCUUUUCGUCCACUAUCCGCAUAUUUAUCUACUACAAGUAUAAUGCUGAGAUCAAGUGAGAAUUCAAAGGUCACAAGUGAAAAUUUUUUUUGUUUUCAGAAAGCUUAUAAAGGACAUUUGGGUAGUCAAUUAUGUGAUCCAACAAGCCAAACCACCGAAAGCCGAUGUUCUUCUGAAAACCGACAAAGUGGAUGUCUGA